AUGGCUGCAUUGGACCGAGCUCUCGAUUCAGAUCCGUGUGCUAACCACAAGUUUCUUGAGCAGCAAGAUACCUUCAUUGCACGAAAGGUUGCAAAUCCGUCAAUGCGCAUCGGCAAGCUGGACACAACCUUCCAAGCAGAACAGGUGGACGUGAUGGAGGCAAAGACCCAGGGCUUCAAAAAGCCCAAGAGAAAGUUUAUGGCGCUGGACGUUUAUGAGGCGAAAUAUGGAGCAGCUGACCCCACUAGAAUCAAAACACAAAAAAUAGACGGCACCACCGUGAAGGGCAUUGAUAUCAUUGAGGAAUCCGACAUUGGUAUCUACGAAUACAUCGACGAGACAACAUCCUCUGUGACACGAACUACAUCACUAUCGAACCCAGACCUUAUCCUGUCAAAGGACCAGACAACAACAAUUUUCAACGCCGUGGCAAAACAAAUGACCUCAGCACCAAAGGACGACACGACAUGCACAGUCAUCCCGGGAUCAUCGGCUUCUUCAUCUGGUAUGAAGGCGCCAACUGACUUUGCUGGUGGCGGCGGUGCGGAGAAGGACCCAUUGGCAAAGGCGAAACCAGCUCCGGCAAAGCCAUCGGGGUCCAAGGUGGCGGCUUCGGCAGCUAAAUCCAAGGGCUCGACUCGCAACAAACGGGCGACGGAUCCUGACAGCGAGCCUGUCUUGCCGCCAAAAGCAACCCGCACAGCAGCCGAACCCAAGACAAGGCCAGGGCCAGGGCAACGACCAGAUGCAUUAUCUCGUGAUGAUGAAGACAACCUUGCCAAAUUUACGGAACAGGUCAAUGGUUUCCUUGAGCUGCAGGCGGUGGACGCAGAGGAUGAUGCGGCAUUCACGUCAUGGUCUAAGGACAAGCUUCAGGCAAUGACGCUGCUGAAAAUCCAGAUUAGCAACAAGAAAAAAUCCUUGAACCGCCGCAGCAACAAGGAUAACACCAACUUGAUCCCUGAGCUGGAUGAGCUGGUGGUGAAGCUCAACACGAUCAUCGACUUUGUGCGCAAGCUGUCGGCGGGCACGGUCGAAGGGAGAAGAUUGUAUGAUGCCAUGGGAGAGAUUCAUGAGCUUAACGUGUGCACAACGAUUUGGAAACGGAUUCUCAGAGCGGUUGCAUUCGAUGCGCUGAAGUUGGCACAGUGGGAUUCAUUUUUCGGUGAAACUCAUGCAUUGUGUGUCGAACAUGGGUUCGUUGUGGCUGCCAUUGACCACGCCGCCAAGACCCUUUCCACCGGGUGGACAGCUGAGGACCACCUCGACUUCCUCAAGUCGAUCAAAGACGUGGUCGAUUUCUCCACGCCCCCAGCGGUUAUCAAAAACGCGAUUGCCAGGUUGAAAACAGAUGAGGGCGACGAGAAACAUUGGGCGGCAUCAUCGUUUCAACUUCCGCACGGAAAGAAACUCUUUGAAGCCGCAACAGCAAAUGCAGUGCACAAAGAAUCCCAGGCUGGCGUCUUGGAUGUGCUGCAUCAAGCAGAAGAACGCAUGACAACGUCAGCAAUCUGCACGUUCGAGGCGUCCUUCAUGAUGACUGUGAGGUCAUGGUUCGAUGCGGGUCACGGAGACAUGUUGUCUGAGACAUUGCAGCGCCUGACAAACAAGAAGAUGAAAGUCUUGAAAGGCGUCGACAAGGACAAAUUGGAUCGUGUUCUACAGAUGGCGAGAACAGGUGCAGUUGCUGUCAUCUUAGCCUUUGUCAACAACGAACUGGUGCCCUACAUGAACACCUGGUCAACAGAUCUUCGGGACAAGCAGUCAUCAACUGACGGUGUGAUGUCUUCUUCAACUUGUGUCAUGCACUUGACGGAUGCAAGCGGUCACGGGCAAGAAGCUUUGAUUGGGAUGUUAAAGGACAUCGAUGCAUUCAUGAGUUCGACAAGUGAGAAACUCAGGUCAUCGGAGACAUCACCAGAAAACCUGAGCACGUUGCCAACAACAUGGGCUGUCAAGACCAAGGCUAUGAGUGCUUCUUUGGCAGCUUGCGUGGCCAAGGCCCAGGUGGGGGAGAAAGGUGAUGACCUGGUUGACCGUGUCAAGUCUGCGGUGGCUGAUGCUGGUUCAGCGCUGGCGAAAGUGUUGCAAGAUGGGGUACAAGACGAUGCUUGGGCCAGUGUGCUGGUGUGUGUGACCUGUCUUGUAGAUGUGGUGACCGAGGGCAAGGCAAAGAAAGAGUUACUGACCGGCGAAUUUCCUGAGGCUGUGGAGUCUGCCAAGCUGUAUUCCACCAUCUUGGGUGAUGAGGUUGGUGCGUCCGUGCUUGCGGGCAUUGAGGCAAUUUCGACUUUUGUGACCGCCAUGGUGUCAGUGACUUCGUUGGAUCAGCUUGUUGCUGCAGGUGAUCCGGAUGAGCAGACAAUGGAGACCCAGUCACAUGAGUUGAUCCGGACGGCUCGGAAGCUGGAUGAGCUGACGGUUGAGAAGCUGACUACAUCCGUGAGUGAGCUCAACAAGGAGAACAUCCCGAUAUCUUCCGAAACCUUGUCCAAGGUCGGCUCCAUCUGCCAGCAACUCAUCGAACGAGGACAACACGAGUUUGCUAAGAUCACGAAGACGUGCCAGGACCGGUUGUCAAAGUCUUUCAUCGCUGACUCAGACGUUGACAUCCCUGAGUUCGUGCAUAAGAUGGAGUCAUAUGACCAACUCGAUGGUGAGAUUGAGAAUAUCAAGAAGGCUUUUGAUUUGACAGUCGCCGGCAACAUCAGUUCCCAAACUACGGAUUUGGGUUCGACUAUCGACUGUGUGAAAGAGUUGGCCACCAGCUUGGAAGUGGAUGCCUCCGAGAUUGUUGAGCUGACCAAGUUCGAGACGUCAUACAGAAACGGCAUCAGGUGGAUGGGAACCUGCAACAUUCUCUACCUCUUGAUUUCCAAGGCAGUGUCGCGGGCAGUGCUGGCUGGCAGCAAACCUAGCCAAAAGGCUAUCGUGCAGUUCACUGAUGCCACGAAGGUUUGCUCAGAUCAAGGCGUCGAGUUGCCUGCGGGAUUGCAGGCUCUGAUUACAAAGGUCAUUCGUGCCGAGGAAUCGGAUGCACAACCGGCACAGCCCAAAGAAUCCAAAUGA